CAACAACUUCGCGAAUGGACGUCGGCACUGCAAAACAUAAUGAGCUGAAUAUUUCGAGUCAUUAUUUACAUAAUUUUGAGUCGAAAUCUAUUUAAUUUGUGAGACAGGACUGUAAAAGUUGAAGUUAAACGGUGAUUACAUCAAUCCUGAGUUAUGGACGAGCCCCAGGAAGGCAAGAAGGAAGAGAAGGAGACCGAUUUCAGACGACUGCAGAGUUAUCCACUCAUUCGGCAUUCAGACAUGAAUGAAGAAAUGAGAACAGAAGCAGUGGAGUUAUGUGUAACAGCAUGUGAAAAGUUCUCAAGUAAUAAUGAGACGGCAGCAAAGAUGAUCAAAGAAGCGAUGGACAAGAAAUUUGGUUCGUCCUGGCACGCGAUAGUCGGUGAAGGAUACGGCUUUGAGAUCACCCAUGAGACCAAAAACAUCCUUUACUUAUUCUUUGGUGGCAACAUGGCGGUGACUGUUUGGAAAUGCUCCUAAAUUGUGUAUUAUAUGUAUUUAUUCUGUCACUAGAUGGAUUUAGAUGUAGAAAUUGUCACUUUUUUGUAUCAUUGAUUCUUGGGUCUGCUUUUUGAGUUACAUUUAUAAGUACUUCCUUUGUAUUUAUUUAUGUUAUUGAUGUAUUCCUUAGACACUGUAUUAAGUGGUACAUUUAUCCCCUAGUAGCAUACAAACCUAAAAGGGGUACAUGUACACAUGUAGGUAUGUCUGUCCUGUUAACCAGUGUUGGGAGGUCUUAACCAAAGUCUUGACCUCGGUCUUAAUCUCGAACAGUAAGGUCUAGGUCUCCCCCUCUGACUGUAAAGUCUGGGUCUCGAUCUUUGUCUCGGAAGAUGGGGUCUCGAUCUUUGUCUCGGAAGAUGAAAAUGCUGCACAAUUUUUCAAUGUUAGUAUUUUGAGGGGGUGUGGCUAAAUUAAACAAAGGUAAAAGUUAAACAGCAAAUCGCCUUUGAUUCUGUGCCUGUGAUUAAGUUGAAGGAAGGCCAGGUACUUUGUUCAUGGAAGGGCAAAGAAGUUUUUUUCUAUGAUGGGCAAUUCUAUGAUGGGAAAUUUAAGGGGCCCCAAGGAAUUUGCCUCUGGAUGCCAAAAAUGUUUACUGUCUGUCUGUCUGACUAGCUAUUUUUGGGAGACAAAUAGGCCUGUGUGUCCCAUCACCAAGAUUAUUGUGAUGAUGGCGUCAAAUGAAUUGGGUCAAUACAUUACAUUAAUGGUUACCAUACUGUUUAUGUUCCUUAUUUCACAAAGUACUUUAACACUCGGGGAUGCAGCACAUAGUACUUUAUUGCACAAACACUGACUUCCAUUACCCAGCUCACAUUUCAGUGUACCUGGUAAGUCUUAAUAAUUUGUUUAUUGAUUAUAUUUUUUUACUAAUUGAUAUAAAAAAUCAAUAUUCUUUGCUUCCAUUAUUUACAGAGCCGUAAAUUAUGCACAUCUUAUACACUGUGUCCAUUAUUAAACUACAAUACAUGAA